CUCUUGUGUUAUUCACCUAACUGCCCAGCAUUCGUUUACGCCGACUUUUGUUUAGCGCAUUCCACUCUACAGCAAGGAUGGCAUGGAGAUCGUCGGGAUCGACCAACGCAGAGCUCAUAUCGAACAUGCUGCGAAACGGCGUGUUCAACUCUGAGAGAGUGGCAGCUGCGAUGACUAAAGUUGACCGAGCCAAUUAUGUGCUCGACAAGGGUGAUGCGUAUAUGGACUCUCCGCAGAGGAUUGGGUAUGGGGCGACUAUUUCGGCGCCGCAUAUGCACGCACACGCGGCGGAGACUCUGCUGCCGUUCCUCAGGCCCGGCGCGCGCGUGCUCGACGUCGGCUCCGGCUCGGGGUAUCUGUGCGCGGUGCUCUUCCACCUCGUUGACGCGCCCGGAUCGCAGGGGCAGGGGAAGGUGGUGGGCAUCGAGCACGUCCCGGAGCUCGUCGAGCGGUCGACAGAGAAUCUGAGGCGGGACGGGCUGGGGCGCGCGUUGGACGAGGCGCGCAUCGAGGUUGUGGCGGGGGACGGAAGGGAGGGGUACGCGCGCGAAGGCCCGUACGACGCGAUCCACGUCGGCGCCGCCGCGCCCAGCAUGCCCAAGAAGCUGGUGGAGCAGCUGAAGGCGCCCGGGCGGAUGUUCAUACCCGUGGGCACGAGCGAGCAGAAGAUCGUGCAGGUGGAUAAGGAUGAGACGGGCGCGGUGACGGAGACGGAGUUGAUUGAUGUUAUGUAUGUCCCGUUGACGGAUCGGCCGCAGUGA